AUGUCGCCCUACGACCACUCAAAAGUACAGCACUUUAUAGGAGGAAACUCGCUGGACAAGGCACCAGCGAGCAAUGUGAGGGAUUUUGUAAAGCAACAAGGAGGGCAUACGGUCAUUACCAAGGUCUUGAUCGCGAACAACGGUAUUGCCGCUGUGAAGGAAAUUCGAUCUGUUCGACAAUGGAGUUACGACACUUUUGGCCACGAGCGGGCCAUCGAAUUCACUGUAAUGGCCACCCCAGAAGAUCUUAAAGUCAACGCGGAGUACAUCCGCAUGGCUGAUCGAUAUGUCGAGGUCCCUGGCGGUUCCAACAAUAACAACUACGCCAACGUCGACCUCAUUGUCGACAUCGCUGAACGAGCUGGCGUCCACGCUGUCUGGGCAGGAUGGGGCCACGCUUCGGAGAACCCAAGGCUCCCAGAGAGCUUGGCGGCAAGCAAGAACAAGAUCGUUUUUAUCGGUCCCCCUGGCUCUGCAAUGCGCAGCCUUGGAGACAAGAUCUCCAGCACCAUUGUCGCCCAGAGUGCUGACGUUCCAACGAUGGCCUGGUCUGGUACAGGCAUUACAGAGACUGUGCUCUCAGACAACGGAUUCGUCAUCGUUCCCGAUAAAGCUUAUCAAGAUGCAUGUGUCACAACAGUAGAGGAAGGCCUUAAGCGAUCGGAGCAGAUUGGUUAUCCUGUGAUGAUCAAGGCCAGUGAGGGUGGAGGUGGAAAGGGAAUCAGGAAAGUCGACAGCCCGGAGGCAUUCAAGAAUGCAUUCCACGCGGUAGCAGGAGAGAUCCCAGGUUCCCCAAUCUUUAUCAUGAAGCUAGCUGGCCAAGCUCGUCACUUGGAAGUCCAGCUUUUGGCAGACCAAUACGGCAACGCCAUUUCGCUUUUCGGACGUGACUGUUCGGUCCAAAGGCGUCACCAGAAGAUUAUCGAAGAGGCACCAGUCACCAUCGCCAAGCCCGAAACGUUCGAGCAGAUGGAGCGUGCUGCCGUUCGCUUGUCUAAGCUCGUGGGUUAUGUCAGUGCCGGAACCGUCGAAUACCUUUACAGCCACGCAGAGGAUGUGUUUUACUUCCUCGAGCUCAAUCCUCGUUUGCAAGUCGAGCACCCUACGACUGAGAUCGUGACGGGUGUCAACCUCCCAGCUGCCCAACUUCAAAUUGCUAUGGGUAUCCCUCUCCAUCGCAUCCGUGAUAUCCGACAACUCUACGGCGUCGCGCCGAACGGAACUUCGGAGAUUGACUUCGACAUGACAAACCCCGAUUCCGCCCAAUUGCAGCGUAAACCAAGGCCCAAGGGUCACGUCGUCGCUGUCCGGAUUACCGCCGAGAACCCCGACGCUGGGUUCAAACCUUCCUCAGGUUCAUUGCAAGAGCUCAACUUCCGAUCCAGUACCAACGUCUGGGGUUACUUCUCCGUCAAUAGCGCCGGAGGACUCCAUGAAUUUGCCGAUUCGCAGUUCGGUCACAUUUUCGCUUACGGUGAGGAUCGUAGCGAGAGUAGGAAGAACAUGAUCGUCGCCCUGAAGGAGCUCAGCAUCCGUGGCGACUUCAGAACAACUGUCGAGUAUCUCAUCAAACUCCUAGAACUCGAAGCCUUCAAGGAGAACACUAUCACCACCGGAUGGUUGGACUCUCUCAUCAGCAACAAACUCACAGCUGAGCGACCGGACGCCACCCUCGCCGUGAUCUGCGGAGCAGUCACCAAGGCCCACCUCGCUUCGGACGCAUGCUGGACGGAGUAUAAGCGCAUCUUGGACAAGGGACAGGUCCCUGGUCGCGAUGUUCUCAAGACAGUGUUCGGCAUCGACUUCAUCUACGAGAACGUUCGAUACUCCUUCACUGCAGCCCGCUCUUCCCAAACGCUCUGGACGCUAUACCUCAACGGAGGCCGCACCAUGGUGGGCGCCCGACCCCUCGCUGACGGUGGUCUGCUCGUCUUGCUUGAUGGCAAGAGUCAUUCCGUCUACUGGCGGGAAGAAGUCGGCGCCUUGCGCUUGAUGGUCGAUGCUAAGACCUGCCUCAUCGAACAGGAGAACGACCCUACCCAACUACGCAGCCCUAGCCCGGGUAAACUCGUCCGCUACUUGGUGGAAAGCGGCGACCACGUCAAUGCUGGUGACCAGUAUGCCGAGAUCGAGGUCAUGAAGAUGUACAUGCCCCUCGUGGCAUCAGAGGACGGUGUCGUCCAGCUCAUCAAGCAGCCAGGCGUCAGCCUUGAGCCCGGAGACAUCCUCGGCAUCUUGACUCUCGACGACCCCCAACGCGUCAAGCACGCCAAGCCAUUCGAAGGACUCUUGCCGGAAAUGGGCCCCCCGUCUGUUGCUGGCAGCAAGCCUCACCAGCGCCUUUCGCAGUCUCUCAGCGUCCUUCACGACAUCCUCGACGGCUUUGACAACCAAUCGAUCAUGGCGUCGACCUUCAAGGAACUCAUCGCUGUCCUCCACGAUCCUGAACUCCCUUAUGCCGAAGUCAAUGCCAUCCUUUCCUCUUUGUCUGGCCGUAUCCCAUCUAAACUCGAGGACAGCAUUCGCACAGCCAUGGAUGUGGCUAAGGGGAAGGGUGAUGGACAUGAAUUCCCUGCACUCCGUAUCAAGAAGGUCAUCGAUAACUACAUCCAGGAUGGCAUCCUUCCCCAGGAUCGCACAAUGUUCCGUAGCAAGAUCGAGGGUCUUUACACAGUCCUCGAGAAGUACCUCCACGGUUUGAAGGGUCAUGAGACGGAGGUGAUCGCCAGCCUUUUGGGACGAUACGAAGCCACCGAGAAACUGUUCGGAGGGAGCAUCGAAGCUCGCGUCCUUGCACUCCGCGACCAGCACAAGGAUGACCUCGACAAGGUCGCCAACGCUGUCCUCAGUCACAUCAAGGUCCAAAGCAAGGCCAAGUUGGUCUUUGCGAUCUUGGAAUACAUCAAGACCAGCAACUUGAAUGUGUCGAACCCCGAGUCGCCACUCUACAAGGUCCUCCAGGGCCUCGCGGCUCUUGAAGCCAAGUCCUCUACCCAAGUCUCCCUAAAGGCCCGAGAGGUUCUUAUCUUGGGCCAGAUGCCUUCAUAUGAGGAGCGACUGGGCCAGAUGGAGACCGUCUUGAAGAACUCCGUCUCCAGCAACUACUACGGCGAACCAGAUUCUUCAACUCGUACACCAUCCGCUGAGAUCCUCAAAGAACUCAGUGAUUCACGAUAUACUGUCUUCGACGUGCUUCCAGCCUUCUUCGGCCACCAAGAUCCCAUGGUUAGAUUGGCCGCCUUGGAAGUUUAUAUUCGACGCGCCUACAAGGCUUACUCGCUCCUGUCCCUAGAUUACGAGGAAGGUGAUACCCUCGACGAUGGGGAAGUCCCAACGGUUGUCACAUGGCGAUUUAAUCUUGGACAAUCCCACUCACCGCCAUCCACUCCUCGUAUUGCUAUCGGAGAGAACAGGCGUUCAGCUUCAGUCAGCGAUUUGACCUACAUGAUCAACCGCCAUCAAUCCCAGCCCACUCGAACUGGUGUUAUCGCCUCGUUCCCCAACGUCGCAGCCAUGGACAAGGGUUUCGGAAAGGUCGUCUCACUCUUGCCUACGUUCGACCAUGCCGAAUUCACCGAACGUUACGGAAGCAACAAUGAACCCCCGAACGUUGUCAACAUUGCAUUGAGGAUUUUCCGCGAUGAAGAUGACAAGCCUGAAGACCAAUGGAACCCAGAGAUCGUCGCCUUCGUGAACAAGAACAAGGACCUCCUGGUGCAGCGUGGUGUCCGCCGUAUCUCCAUCAUGCUCUGUCGCCCUGGCCAAUACCCGGUCUACUUUACCUUGCGCGAUUUCAAGGGUACUUGGGGCGAAGAACAGGCUAUCCGAAACAUCGAACCGGCACUUGCCUUCCAGCUCGAGUUGAGCCGCCUUUCCAACUACAAUAUCACUCCUCGUUUUGUGGAGGCAAAGCAAAUCCACAUCUACCAUGCCGUUGCUCGCGAAAAUCAACUCGACAACCGCUUCUUCAUUCGAGCCUUGAUCAGACCUGGACGUCUCCGCGGCUCGAUGAGCAUGAAGGAGUACCUCAUCUCCGAGACGGAUCGCCUGGUCACCAGCAUCCUCGACGCCCUCGAAAUCGUCAGCGCACAGCACAGGAAUGCCGACUGCAAUCACAUCUUCAUGAACUUCGUCUACAACCUCGCUGUUGAGUACGAAGAUGUUGUUGCCGCUAUGGCUGGCUUCAUCGAGCGACAUGGCAAACGACUCUGGCGCUUGCACGUCACCAGCUCGGAAAUCCGAAUUGUGUUGGAAGACACUGAAGGAAAUAUCACCCCCAUCCGAUGCACGAUUGAGAACGUCUCCGGCUUUAUCGUCAACUACCAUGCUUACCAAGAGAUUGUCACCGACAAGGGUACGACUAUCCUCAAGUCGAUUGGGGACAAGGGCCCUCUCCAUCUCCAACCUGUACACCAGGCGUAUCCUACCAAGGAGUCCCUACAGCCCAAACGAUACCAGGCCCACCUCAUCGGCACUACCUACGUUUAUGACUUCCCCGAUCUCUUCUCCAAGGCCCUCCAAAACGUUUGGCUCAAGGCCCGAACCUACGACACCUCACUCACUUUGCCCAAAUUGCUGCUCGAAUCGAAGGAGCUGGUAUUGGACGAGCACGACCAAAUUACUGAGGUGGAUCGUGCGCCGGGCAACAACACCUUCGGUAUGGUGGCCUGGGUGUUCAAGAUGCGAACUCCCGAGUUCCCUGAAGGGCGCAAGGUUGUCGUGAUCGCCAAUGACAUCACCUACAAGAUCGGUUCCUUCGGCCCAACCGAGGACCAGUUCUUCUACCUUGUUACCCAAUACGCUCGCCAGCAAGGCUUACCCCGUAUCUAUCUUUCCGCCAACUCGGGUGCCCGCAUCGGCGUCGCAGAAGAAGUUAUCCCCCUGUUCUCUGCGGCUUGGACCGACCCCGCUCAUCCCGAGAAGGGUUUCAGCUAUCUCUACCUCACGCCGGAGAACUAUCUCAAGCUCAAGGAGAAGAGCCCAUCCUCUGUCAAGGUCGAAGAAAUUGAAGACCAGGGAGAGCGCAGAUUCAAAAUCACUGAUAUCAUUGGUGCCCAGGAUGGCUUGGGCGUCGAGUCUCUUCGUGGCUCUGGCCUCAUUGCUGGAGAGACCUCCCGCGCUUACGACGAUAUCUUCACCAUUACACUCGUCACCGCUCGCUCCGUCGGUAUCGGUGCUUACCUUGUUCGACUCGGAGAGCGUGCCGUCCAGGUCGAAGGUCAACCCAUCAUUCUCACUGGCGCUCCCGCCCUCAACAAGGUCCUCGGUCGCGAGGUUUACACGUCCAACCUUCAACUCGGUGGUACCCAGAUUAUGUUCAAGAACGGUGUCUCCCAUCUUACUGCCAGCAGCGAUCUUCAAGGUGCUACUCAUAUCCUGGAAUGGUUGUCGUACGUUCCUGAAUAUAGGAGUGGUCCUCUCCCUGUCCGGGAGGCGUCAGAUUCGUGGGAUCGCGAUAUCGACUACACUCCGCCGAAGGGUGUCUACGAUCCCCGCUGGUUCAUCGAGGGCAAGGUGGACGAGCAGACCUCGGAAUGGUUGAGCGGCUUCUUCGACAAGGGCUCUUUCCAAGAGACAUUGAGCGGAUGGGCUCAGACUGUCGUGGUUGGCCGCGCUCGUCUCGGUGGUAUUCCUAUGGGUGUCAUCGCCGUCGAGACGCGAACUAUCGAGCGAGUUGUCCCUGCCGACCCCGCCAACCCCGCCUCAUUCGAACAACGCAUCAUGGAGGCCGGUCAAGUGUGGUACCCCAACUCCGCAUACAAGACCGCCCAAGCCAUCUUCGACUUCAACCGCGAAGGCCUUCCUCUCAUCAUUUUCGCCAACUGGCGUGGUUUCUCCGGCGGUCAACAGGACAUGUACGACGAGGUCCUCAAGCAAGGGUCCAAGAUCGUCGAUGGCUUGUCUGCUUACAAACAGCCCGUCUUCGUCUACAUCGUCCCCAACGGUGAACUCCGUGGUGGUGCAUGGGUCGUGCUCGAUCCAUCCAUCAAUUCUGAACAGAUGGAGAUGUACGCAGAUGUCGAAGCUCGAGCAGGUGUGUUGGAGCCUGAGGGUAUUGUCGAGAUCAAGAUGCGACGGGAGAAGAUUACUGGGUUGAUGGAGCGCAUGGACUCUGAGUAUGCUGCUUUGAAGAAGGCCAGCAAGGAUACAUCCAAGUCUGAGGACGAAAGAGCCGCUGCCCUCAAGGCUCUUAACGACCGAGAGACCCUUCUGCAACCUGUCUACAAACAGAUCGCUCUUCUGUAUGCUGACCUUCAUGAUCGAACUGGCCGUAUGGAAGCCAAAGGCUGCGCCAAGCCCGCUGUCUGGAAGAACGCUCGUCGUUAUUUCUAUUGGGCACUGCGCGCCAAGCUCGCCCGAUCGGCCGCUCUUGCAGAACUCGCCCAAGCAAGCCCUGGAACUACCUAUGAAUAUCGAGCUCGACUCCUUAGCAACGUUGCCGGUAUCGACUCCUCUUCCGAUCCUCGCCAGGCCACCGAAGUCCUCGAGAACCUUGACCUCAGCCGCACUGUUGCAGAGUUGCGCUCUGACUAUCUCGUUCGCCAAAUGCUCGACUUGUCCAAGGAAGAUCGCAAGGCUGCCAUCGACGGUUUCACUCGCCUCGCGGACACGCUGUCGGAGGAAGAGAGAGCUUCUCUCAUCUCUGUUCUUCAGAACGGUCCCCGAUCUGCUCCACCAUCCUACAAUACUUCAUAA